ACCACAAUCACCACACGGCGCCAUAUUAGAUAGACAUUAUAUUGCUGCAGACGAAGUCAAGGAAGGGGAUCAGUACUCCAGAUGACAAGGGUACUCAGGCCGCUGUAGUCAGUUCGCAAAACCCUCGAGGUAACUGCUAUAUGGUUUACAACAAAUAAUAGUGUCAAACAUCUCGGGCAGCGUAGUCCGAGGCGUCUUGUUUUCGUCGUUGUUUCGCUAAGUUGCCGGCAGACAUGACUACCUUGGUUCAGCGGAAUUCGGGCCUCGUGCAGAGGCGGACCGAAGCCUCGCGCAACGCCGCUGACAAAGACCGUCCGUCCGGCGAGGAGGACCAUGAGCCCCGGCGGGGAGACGAGCAGGACGAUGAUGAUACCGGAGACUCCAAAGAAACACGUCUCACCUUGAUGGAAGAAGUGCUGUUGUUGGGACUGAAGGACCGAGAGGGCUACACCUCGUUCUGGAAUGACUGCAUUUCAUCAGGUUUGCGUGGUUGCAUGCUGAUUGAACUGGCCCUGCGAGGACGUCUUCAACUGGAGGCUUGUGGCAUGAGGAGGAAAGGUCUGCUGGCCAGGAAGGUGAUUUGUAAGUCAGAUGCUCCAACAGGUGACGUGCUCCUGGAUGAAGCACUAAAACACAUCAAAGAUACCCAACCACCAGAGACCGUGCAGAGCUGGAUUGAACUGCUCAGUGGAGAAACGUGGAACCCCCUGAAGCUUCAUUAUCAACUGCGGAAUGUCCGUGAACGGCUGGCCAAAAACUUGGUGGAAAAAGGCGUCCUCACCACUGAGAAGCAGAACUUCCUGCUUUUUGACAUGACCACACAUCCUCUGACCAACAACAACAUCAAGCAGCGCCUCAUCAAGAAGGUCCAGGAGGCUGUCCUGGACAAGUGGGUGAACGACCCCCAUCGAAUGGACAAGAGGCUGCUUGCGCUCAUCUUCUUAGCCCAUUCCUCUGAUGUCCUGGAAAAUGCCUUUGCGCCGCUGCUAGAUGACCAAUACGACCUGGCCAUGAAGAGAGUGCGGCAGUUGCUGGAACUGGAGCCUGAGGGGGAGAGCAUGAAGGCCAACGCCAACGAGCUGUUAUGGGCUGUGGUGGCCGCCUUCACCAAAUGAGGCAACCACAAAGAGGACAGCAAGUAGUUGUGGCAUUCACGUGGCAUUGUACUUUGGGGUAGGAAUCAGAGUACUGACCCCAACAUGGUGACUUGACUGAAUUACAGUUGACCCCUUCCUGGACUAUUGGAAUGGGCUGCCCUCUUUUCUCAUGCCUCUCCCUGCUUCAUUUUCUUUUCCUUGCAGGUAACUGUCGACGUUGAUCCUUCAUGGCCCAGUCCCCUCCUCCCCCCAUAUGCCAUUUGUGUUCACUUUUGCUAAAAAAUUAAUAACUCACAUGGAACUCUAAAUGAAGUGGCUGGUGAUGAUAUGGGUUAGGCCGAAAUCAAGAUGUCGAUUCAUAUCCUCCUUAUUUUCUAUUGGGUAUAUCUGUGGAACUGUUUCUUAGAGGUACGAUAUGUAUGGCACAGGUUACUUAUGGUAGCAUCCUGAUACACCUGAGAAUAAAAUAACGAGCUGUGACGUACAUGUACAAAUCCAUGUACAGGGCAGUAAUGCUGUGAAGGAAAGAAAGGUUAACUGAUACUCCUGUCAAGUCUUUAACUGGAUAUCUUUUACGAAAUGUGAUUGAAAUGUAUGGAUAUGAUGUAUUUGGUGUCUCAGCAUUCUUUUACUCUGAAAUUAAGUGCUGGGAGAAAACUAAUGUGGUCAGAUCUGAGAGUCUGAGUCCACUACCUAGUACUGAGUGUACUCAGUUGAUGCCUCUUAAUCCAUCCAUUAUAUAUACCUGCUUGUCCUGUGCAGGGAUGCACGGGGCUGGAGACUGUCCCAGCUCACACUGGCUGAGGGGAAGGGUACACCCUGGACACGUCGCCAGUAUACCAUAGGGCUGACACAUGGAGACAGACAAGUCCACCUGCAGGCAAUUGAGUUUCCAGUUCACCUGACCUGCAUGUUUUUGGACUGUGGGGAGGGGGUGGGGGGACCCAGUGCAGGCACUUGGAGAAAAUUCCAACUCCACACAACUGCCUGUUGGAUUCAAACUGAAGAUUUGCUUGGUGUGAAGCAACAGCGCUUUCCACUGAGCCACCAUGCCGCCCUACAUUCCAUCCCUUCUGAUCAAAAGUUGCGUGGAAGAUCAUUCGUUUGUCAACAGGACAAUAAGCCUGCACAUGCAUGGACACUUGCAGUCCCAGGAAUACGGAGCGCUGACUUGGGUAACUUAUCAGUUACUUUGACCACAGCCCCACUGAAUAUUUCUUUAAAAAUGAAAAGCCAAAUUAUGGAGAACAUCAUUAGACAGACUCGUUUAGGGCAUUCGGUAAAAAACGUGCUGGAAUAAUACAAACUCCGAAGUUCUGCAAACAUGUAGAAUUGAUGGGGUGUAUGAUAAUGGAAGAAAAAUAAAAAUACUAAUAUUUAAUGAACCUUUCUGUCAUAAGUGAAAAUAGGUCAUACAGUUUUAAAUGUCCUCCGGCUCACAGUUUUUUGUUUGUUUGUUUGUUUGUUUUUAAUUUGCAAUGAAACAUGGAUUUGGUGGAGGACUUGGAUUGUAUGUCAUCUAGAGACACUGUCAAAACAUGUGCAUGUCUAAUAUAAACCAGGUUACAUUCAGGAUUCCAGUAUGUAAUAUUUGACAGGUAACACAUCUUAGUCUGGGUCCAAUUUCAUCUCCUUGAUAAAACAAAUGGCUCUAAAAUUGUGUAGGCUAAUUUAUGGGAUUUGGUAGCAUCAGCUAACACAGCUUUUAACUGUGUGAGCUGAUACUUACUGGGGCUUAAAAAAAAGAAUAAAUAUUUUAUGGGCAGAAACAAACUCAGGAAAGUAGACCUAAUCAAUGCCAGCUACCUUUGUUGGCAAAAUUCAAAUAGACAUUUUGUUUUCACUUAUUAGUGAAUUUAAAUAUAAUCAAAAAUGAAGUAAUCAACAGGUCUUGGUGCAGAAAAAAUGCAUUUAGGAUGAUCUCCUCAUCUUUUGAGUUUCUGUAUUCUACCUGGUCUUGAUUUAAAAAAACAAAAAAAAAAAACACCUUUAAGUCUUUGACUCAAGACAUUUUGUGAAAAACUUGCUUAUGAAUGUGAAGAUGAAUGUGAAUUUCAACUCUUCUCCAAUACAGGGAGAGGUCAAGGGCAUGUGAAGUCCCUUUAAAACAGACUGGAUCACACACAAAGUGCUACCACAGCUCCUUCAAAGAUAGAAUUAAAGGGGAACUUUGAUAUUUUUAACCUGGACCCUAUUUUCCCAUGUUUUGGAUCUAAGUGACUCAUACCCCUUUUCCACUAAAGUUAGGGCAUGUACGCAGGCUUUUUAAACAUGGGCCAAUUUGCUAAAAAUAGGCUGUAGACUCUUCUGCCAUUGCUAGUAGACAGAUGAAUAUGCCUCUCUGUGUGCAUAUUUUUAUUUUACUGGUGUGUCACGUUUAAUGUUACUGACAAGCUAUUAAUCAGUAGAAAGCAGCAUGGAGGCAUGUGAGACCUUUAUGGCGGUUACUUCCGUUUAUAUAUCUCUUACUUAUGCAGUCUCUCUUUCAAACUCAGUGCAGACUAAUUUGGAUCAAUGUUUGAUUGCUGCAGAGACCACCGGUAUUUUGUGGUGGCGUGUUAUUGCAUCUUGCCAGUUAAUAGGGGUGGGAAUCACCAGAGGCCCCAUGAUUCGAUGUUAUUAUGAUACGCAAGUCAUGAUACAAUAUUAUUGUGAUAGUAAACAUGCUGCAAUAUGCUGAGUUUUGUGAUUAAAGUAAAUGUUAAUAAUAACAAUAUUUUUAACUAAGUUAUGUCCCCAAAGAAAAACUUUGUCAACAUCUGCAUUAUCCAGUAAGAUAAAGUUUUUAGUCUGUUCAUCUCACUUCAGUAAUUUUUAUUGCAGCAAAAUGUUUGUAACAGACUGAAAAAGCAAUUGAUUAUAUUAUUCUCGAGAUCUAACAAAAGUUUGAUUUGUAUUUGUUGAAUAUUAAUCAUUUAUGUAAUAAAAAAUUGAUAGUUGGAGUCCGUUUAACAAUACCGUAUUGCCACACAAAAAAAAUCACCACACUAUGGCGUAUCAGAUUGUUGCUCUAAGUUUAUCAGCGUAAGUACAGAAAGUGUAGCUUAGUGUUGUCUAAAAAGAACGUGACUUCUCCUUUAGUGCGGCUCGGUUACAUACACUAACGAACAGACUGGAUCACUGAAAGGCAAAGAAAAACAUUUUACUUCUCUGUAGUGUCCUGUCUAAGAUGUUGUCAGACACUUCUAAUAAUCGUCUGAGCCAAAAACAAGCACUUUAAAUUAGGGAUGCAUGAUAACAUUGACACGUCAUCGGUAUUGGCUGAUAUUGGCUGUAAAAUGAAAUAUCGAAAUCGGCUGAUGUGCUUUUUUUUUAUUUUGCAUACAUUGAAAAGCAUUUUAUUUUAUGUCUCUAUCUGCUGGUGGGCCAUCAUGAUAAGAGUAUGCAUGCAUAAUACGAUGUUAAUUCCACUGCAGAAGAGACUUGAUCACUAAAAUUAGGUUGGGGAAAAAAAAGUGGAUAUCUUAUAUCGAUAUCUGUAUUGGGUAUCAAUCAAAUAAGUUGGUAUAUAUCUGCAUAUCGGAUAAAGGCAAACAAUCCAGUAUCAUUCCUUCCUACUUUAAAUUAAGUCAAUUGAUGGUGCACAGUUUCCACAGGGAUUACAUUGCAGCCUGUUUUGCUACUGCUGCGGCGGCUUCAGCGAUCUUGCCAGUACUGGACCAAUUUUAAAAACGGUUCAUUAGUCAUGUAGACCCCAAAGCAUGAGAAAGUAGGGUCCAAAUUAAAAAAUACCAAAGUGUCUUUAAGUCUUGCAAUUUCCCAAACUCUCAUUUACAUGAUUUGAUGUCUUGUCUGUACUUCCGUUAAUGUUUUUAUUGAACGUAAGAGCCAUUUCCUGACCAAAACCCGCUGUGUGCAUUGACAAACAGCAUCCCAAAAGUUCUGUUUUCAGUGUUGAGGUUAGAGCCCUGUAUCAAUUAAUGUCAACAAACCCAAUGCUUGACCAGAUAACACACCAUAUCUAGUAUGUAAAUGAGGCUUCUUCAGAGUUGUUUUAAGUGUAUUUUUUCACUUAAUGGAGCUAGGCAAGCAGUUUCAUCUGCCUCCAGUCUUUGUUAAACCUGGCUUAACAUAUUCCAGACCAGACCUUGACUGCACAGAGCUGAAAUAGAUAUUGAUCUUCUCAUGUGAGCGUGGGCUUAGUGGCAAACAAGUGCAUUUCCUGAACUGUCAGCGAUGCUUAAAUGUUCAGUUUUUCUUUGCAGUUACUUGCGAAUGCUUUCAAAAUAAAUCCACUGUAUUUACUAAACUUUUAAAAAA